AUGACUACGGCGGUGUACGUCUGUCUGUUCCUCGGCCCUGCGCAGGGUCCCUGUGACGUCAGCACAUGGGACGAGCACAUGACGACAGUGCCAGGGGCUGUUAUCUGUGCUCACUCUGCUGUCUGUGUCUCUCUGCAGGGCGAUGGCUCCACGUUCCUCCAGCUGGGCUCCUCCAUCGAGCAGCAGAUCAACGGCAUGUUCAAGGUGAUGGAGGAGUACAACUGGGACAGCUUCGUGGUCAUCACCAGCCUGUACCCGGGCUAUGAGGUCUACGUGGACUAUGUCAAGACCUUCACCGACACCAGCUACUUCAUGUGGGAACUGCAGGACGUGCUGACCUUCGACAUGUCUGCUGACGGCAUGAACGACAUCCGGGCACGGCGCCUGCUGCAGCAGAUCGACGCCCAGGUGCUGCUGGUAUACUGCUCCCAUGAGGAGGCCCAGUACCUGUUCAGUAUGGCCAGAGAGGCCGGCCUGCUGGGGCCUGGCUACAUCUGGAUCCUCCCCAGCCUUGCCGUGGGGAACCCAGACAUGCCCCCACCAAACAGCUUCCCUGUGGGCCUCAUCAGCAUCAUCACUGACCGCUGGCGGAUGAGCCUGAGGAAGAGGGUGCGGGACGGGGUGGCCAUCGUGGUCAAAGGGGUGCAGAGCUUCCGCAAACAGAGGGGCUUCAUCCCCGAGGGCCAUAACGACUGCCACAGCCCUGUUAGGGCAUCUUCUAAUGAUACACUAUUCAGGCACAUGUUAAACGUAACAUGGGAACACAACGACUUCUCGUUCAACCCUGAAGGGUACCUGAUCAACCCAGCCAUGGUCAUCAUCACCUUAGACCGGGAGAGACAGUGGGAUAAGGUGGGGAACUAUGAGAUGGGGAUCCUGCAGAUGAGAUACCCGGUGUGGCCUCGCUACGGCACCUAUCUGGAGCCUGUAUCAGAUAACAGACACUUGACUGUGGCCACCCUGGAGGAACGUCCCUUUGUCAUAGUGGAGGCUGUCGACCCCAUGACUGGGACCUGUGUCAGCAACACUGUGCCCUGCCGCCGCCAGUCCAACAAGACAGAGACUAUUGUAGGCCAUACUGAGCCCUACACCAAACUGUGCUGUAAGGGUUUCUGCAUAGACAUCCUGAAGAAGCUGUCCCGCACCACCAAGUUCUCAUAUGACCUCUACCUGGUCACCAAUGGGAAGCACGGCAAGCUGGUCAGAGGCAGUUGGAACGGCAUGAUCGGAGAGGUGGUAUACAAGCGGGCGGAUAUGGCCAUUGGCUCGCUGACCAUAAACGAAGAGCGCUCAGAAAUUAUCGACUUCUCCGUGCCGUUCGUGGAGACGGGGAUCAGUGUGAUGGUCGCCAGGAGCAACGGGACCGUCUCACCCUCUGCCUUUCUUGAGCCCUACAGUCCGGCGGUGUGGGUGAUGAUGUUUGUGAUGUGCCUAACGGUGGUAGCAGUCACAGUGUUUAUCUUUGAGUACUGCAGCCCUGUGGGGUACAACCGCAGUCUGGUGAGCGCCAAGGAUCCCGGAGGCCCCACCUUCACUAUUGGGAAGUCAGUGUGGCUGCUGUGGGGCAUCGUCUUCAACAACUCUGUCCCAAUUGAGAACCCCAAGGGCACCACCAGCAAGGUCAUGGUCCUGGUAUGGGCCUUCUUCGCUGUCAUCUUCCUGGCCUCCUACACUGCCAACCUGGCAGCCUUCAUGAUCCAGGAGCAAUACACUGACACAGUCUCUGGACUGAGUGACAAAAAGUUCCAGAAGCCACAGGAGCAGUAUCCACCGUUUCGUUUUGGUACGGUCCCAAACGGAAGCACAGAGAGGAACAUCCGGAGCAACUACCCUGAGAUGCAUGCCCACAUGGUCAAAUACAACCAGAAGGGUGUGGAGGACGCCCUCAACAGCCUCAAAUCAGGGAAACUGGAUGCCUUCAUCUACGACGCUGCUGUGCUGAACUACAUGGCGGGUAAAGACGAGGGCUGUAAGCUGGUGACCAUCGGCAGUGGGAAGGUCUUUGCCACCACUGGCUAUGGCAUCGCCUUGCAGAAGGAGUCCCGAUGGAAACGUCCCAUAGACCUGGCCCUGCUCCAGUUCCUAGCUGAUGGUGACACACAGAAGCUGCAGACAGUGUGGCUCACAGGGAUCUGUCGUAAUGAGAAGAAGGAGGUGAUGAGCAGUAAGUUGGAUAUAGACAACAUGGCAGGUGUCUUCUACAUGCUGCUGGUGGCCAUGGGGCUCAGUCUCCUGGUGUUCAGCUGGGAACAUCUGCUCUACUGGAAGCUGAGACACUCAGUACGCAAGUCUGAACGCCUCGACUUCCUGCUCGCCAUCAGCAGGGGAAUCUACAGCUGCUUUAACGGCGUGGAGGACUCUGACCGCAACGGGAAUCUGCAGAACCCUGACGUCACCACCAACUACACCCAGGCCAACAUGCUGAAGAUGCUGCAGACAGCCAAGGACAUCGUGUCCUCGACCAGAGUGGAGAACUCCCUGGACAAUGCCACCAAGACCAUAGAGAACUGGAGCCGGCGUGGAGCCGACAAUGUGCGGGUUGGCCUGCCGCCCCGGGUAGCAACCACUAUAGACAUGGGCCACAGCCGCCUGCCCUACAUCUCCAGCAUCACGGACAACCACUCGCCCUACACCCAGAGGGCGCUUGCGCCCACCUUCCCCAUCCACUACUCGGACAGCGCCAUCCAGCCCCUGCUGGACAAAUCCAGGGUGGUGACGCGGCCUACCCCGCUCCGCUACACCCUGCCGGCCCGCGGCAGCUACCACUUCUACGAGAGGACCCUACCCAUCUCCAGCCUCAGCAGCCCCCACAUUGCCAUGAGGGACCCUGCUACCCCCAGCACCUCCACCCACAACCCACACCCCCACCCCCACCACAGCAGCAGGCUGUAUGUGGAGAGCCAGCCCCGGCACCCCACCUCCCCGUUUGUCCCCUACAGAGAGUUCCAGGUGCCUGACAUCUACGUGGAACACCACAAGGGGCCCCUGGGACGGAAGUUUAGCUACCCCCCUGACCACAUUGGCAGGAAGAAGAGGUCCCACAGCUAUGUGUUUUCUGAGGCCCAAGACACCAGGGGGAGGAACGACUACGAUGAGCCCACCUCCUGUCUGGCUGAGCUGAGGGCCAACCACCUCCUGAACAACUACGCCCCUUCUGCAUCAAACAUGGCCUGCAUGGGGGGCCACUACCCCAGCGGCAGCGCCAGCUGCAACUCCUGCAUGAAGCCCUACCUGGAGCCUGAAAUGGAGGAUGUGCCCCUGCUGGGGAAGGACAAGGUCAAUCGCCGGGCCUCUUUUCUCAAGGCCACCUGGAGCAGUGACAGGAUCCGCCAGCUGGACGAGAAGCCUUCCACCUCCACUAUGCCCGACCUGUUCCCCCGCGUAGUUGUGGCCAACCCCAAGCCCCACAAGCUGUACGGUAGCCAGGGGAACAACCUGUGCUACCCCCUGGCCGCUGAGCCUGCCUACCUAGACCCGGCCCAUAUGCGUUCCUACCCCUACAAGCAGCAGAAGCUCAAGUGCUCCCAGUCCACCCGGCUGCCAUCCUACAGGGAGGCCAUCCUGCAGAACGCAGCCGCUCUGCGGCGCUCCUCCUCCACUGUGGUGCACAGACACUACUCCACCUACCUGAACUCGUACACAGACCUGCCUGUAUACGUGGGGCCGCUGCCCCAGGGCCCCGGACAGUUCUACGACAAGGACAUGUGCCACCUGUUCCCCUGUGCAAGCCACUGCCCUGACAACAAUGCCCUGGUGCCCCGUAUGGGGGACCGGCAGGUGGUGUACCAGAACAAUAUGUUUGGGGGCUAUGAGGGCGCGGUGGGGCGGUCGCGGGAGGAGCCCCCCCUGCCCGCGUCUGGGAGCAGGGAUCGGAGGCAGGUCCUGGUCGCCAGAAGAGUCAACAGUCCCUAUGUGCCAAAGCCCUGGGGCAGGGUAUCCAGUCUGGAGUCUGAGGUCUGAGCCCCAAGCCCCUCCCCCUCCAUACCUUCAGGCUGAUGGACUAUCCCUCCCUCUGGGGAGGGGAAAGCCUACCUCCCCUCCCCAAAAACGAAUCAAGUAGCUACCAAUAUGGAUGACUUGAGAGUGUUUACUCAGUCCAAUAAUAUCCUUGGCUGCCGUCCAGGAAGGAGAGGACACUGACAGGCCGUUACUGCUGGGACUUUGUUAAGUAAACAUUAAGCGAUAAGAAAAGAGAAGACAACGUUGAAUAGUAUUUAAUACCUUCAAAUUUAACUGGUUGAUUGUUAUUUCAAAUAUUUUUAAAUGCUGUCUUAGUGUGAGAGAGAGAGAGACCUGGAUGACAAUACACUGUAGCCGCUCACUCAGUUUAGACACAUUUUACUUUUCUUUUCAACCAUUUCGGUAUCCUUCCAUUUAAAUUUAGACACAUAUAAUAAAGAGAAUAAUACUUUUGUGAUCAAACCACAGAAAUGUCUUCCACGACUUUUGUAAGUCCAUGAGCUCUCGGGAAAGCUGUCUGUUCAAGGAUUUUUGGCUCCGGUGGUCACUGAUGUAAUUUGACUUGGAUUUUAAAAGGGAAACAUUUAAAUUAUCAUCUGUAUUUCCAUUGUUACACUACUCUUUAAUAAACGACAAGGCCACCUCAAGGGCCUUUUGGAAUUGUC